AUGUCUGGACAGACCCAGCGUUUAAAUGUUGUUCCUACUGUUACAGUGCUUGGAGUUGUGAAAGCCCGGCUUGUUGGGGCUACAAGAGGCCACGCUUUGCUCAAGAAGAAAAGUGAUGCUUUGACUGUUCAGUUCCGGCAGAUUCUCAAGAAGAUUGUAUCAACUAAGGAAUCAAUGGGAGAAGUCAUGAAAAAUUCGUCCUUUGCGUUAACAGAAUUGCAAAAUAUGUUGCUGACUAAGAAUGACUUAACUGGAUUAGCAAGAGGUGGGCAACAGAUACAGGCUUGCCGUGCAGCUUAUGUGAAAUCCAUUGAAUUGCUUGUAGAGCUUGCUACACUGCAGACAUCAUUUUUGACCCUCGAUGAUGCAAUUAAGACCACUAAUCGUAGGGUCAACGCCCUGGAGAAUGUUGUGAAGCCUCGGCUGGAGAAUACAAUUAGUUACAUCAAGGGAGAGUUGGAUGAAUUGGAAAGAGAGGAUUUCUUCAGGCUGAAGAAGAUACAAGGUUACAAGAGGAGAGAGGUCGAAAGACAGCGUUUAGCUGCCAUAGCAUAUGCGGAGGAGAAAGUUGCCGAGGAAAUUUCUUUGAAGAAGGGUAUUUCUCUUGGUUCGGCACAUAACAUGUUAUCCCAGGCUGCACAAAAUGAUGAAGACAUAAUAUUUUGA